AUGAGUGACAUCGAGGCCCUUGGGCCCCCAAGGAAGGCCUCUGCCCACAAGGACGAGGAGUGGCGACCUGACAUCGUGGUGGGGGUUGACUUCGGCAUGACACACACUGGUGUGGCCUAUUCGUAUGGCCCAGAAUGGCCGCCUCCCAAAACCAUCCAGCGAUGGCCAGGCAAGUUGCCGGGAGAGCUGGCGAACAAAGUGCCUACGUGCCUCACGUACAGUUUUGAUCAAACAACCGUCAAAAGGUGGGGCUUUCAGUGUGAGUUAGACAACUCAGAAGAAGACUUGAAGGAGUUCUUUAAGCUUCAUCUCUCGCCUCAGCAUCCCCGGGAUGGCGGCCCCAGCUUGGCCGAGGCCCAGCGAUGGUUCCAAGACUAUAUUCGCUGCGUCUACCGGCACGUCGUAUCGUACUUUGACAACACCAUUCCGCAGUUUGUCACGCAGCGUGUGGAGUUCCUCUUCAGCGUUCCAACCACGUGGAAGGAUGUGCGCAUGGUGGAAGAAACCCGCCGGCUGCUUGCUCAGAUCAUUGGCGUCCAGAAUCCCAAUCAUCGCGCCUGCAUUGGAUUGACUGAAGCCGAGGCAGCGGCAGUCUACGCUGGAAAUGAACACUAUCGGGUCGAUGAUACAAUCAUGGUCUGCGACUCGGGUGGCGGAACAACAGAUGUGAAUGUCCUCAAGCUUCUGUCGGCCCGGAGUGAGCCUACGCGACUUUCCCAGCUCGGCCACGUGGAAGGACAUCCGAUCGGCUCAGUGUUUAUUGAUAGAGAAAUUCACCGCAUCAUAUGCGACAGACUGGAAAGAAUAAGUGAUCAUUUACGUUUAUCCCCAAGUGCAACCGCUUGGAGAAUGACCUUCGGACGGUUUCAGCGGUUCAAAUGCGCCUUCGGUACCGAGGCCACAGCAGCUCCCUGGCUCAAGCUUGAUGUACCAUCUCUGCAAACUGAUGUGGACUUUCCAGAGGCGGACGUAUAUGAUGGCCAGAUGCAGAUUGCUUGGAAGGACAUCCAGAAAUGCUUUGACACGAAGGUUGACGGGAUGUGUCGUCUGUUAGAUGGACAUAUCCAGCAGCUGCGCGGGCAGUAUCCCAGUGACCAGAUUACGUAUCUGAUUCUAUCCGGUGGCCUGGGCAGCUCGCCGUAUGUGCGACAACAACUGCAGGAGAGGUAUAGUGGAUCGGGCAUGACAAGUGGUCCCCUCAGUGGCACAAUGCAAGUCCUGACAGCUGAUGAGCCACAAUUGGUCGUCGUCCACGGACUGGUCAUGGACAGAACCCAACAGCUCAAACGCGGCGUCGUCACCUUUGGCUCCCGCUGUGCGCCGGUCAGCUACGGGAUCAUCUGCAACAAGCUGUACAGCAAAGACUUCCACCUUGGAGAACGAGUCCAGAUCGAUCCCCGCGACAACCGGAUGUAUGUGCUUGACCAGAUCGACUGGCUAGUGAUAAGGGGCUACCCCAUUGACUCUGCAGGAGUAACCAAAGAAUUUCAUCUCAAAACAGACGUCGGGAGAGAGAACGAGCCCUGGAAAGUCCAGAUCGUGAUGUCCACCCGGAUGCCUGGGGAGCUGCCCCGCAGUCUGCACCACGAGGGGGUGCAAACCGUGUGCAACUUGGACAUCUUCACGGACAAUGUGGACAAGAAGCUGAAGAACCGGCACUGGUACAGUUCUAAGCCUGCGUUCUGGCGGACCUCGUUCGAGGUGAAGGUCGUCGUCGGGCCGGCAGACCUCACGUUCCAGCUCUGGUCAAAGGGAGAGCGGAUUCGCAGCAAGCAUGAGCCUAUAUCGGUGCAUUGGAUGCCGGCGGAAGAUGUAGAGGUCUGA